GCCGACACAGAGCUGGAGCUUUGUCAUGAGAGAUGGGCACCGCUCCUUAGCAACGGCCUGUCUGCAAUGCAAGUGGUUUACAUGCCUUCCCUAUAUGAAUAUUUGUUGAAAACCAACCAACGCACCUAACUUUACUUUAAAAGGCUACUUACAGUAAUACUUGGGAUUUACAGACGCGGAUUAGUUAGUAGGAUUUUUUCAGUGGAUCUGAGGGCACAAGAGGCGCACAAUCCAUGAGUGUAUUGGACACAAUACAGCGGGACGCAUUGCAAAGACCUGUGGUUUAAAGCUUGGACAAAUUGGCAAUUAAACUACAAUUGGCAGUGUUGGGGCACUUUCUUUUAGAACGCAUGAAUUGGAUUUAUAUUUACUUUAAACAUAUUUCAGUCAUUUACGACCAGUUUUAAUGACUGAACUGCUAGAUGUUUUCUUUUACAUCUUAAGCUAAAUCAGUUCUGUAUCCCCUUCACAAGACAAGAGAUGAGUUGCUUCUGUGCUACCCCAGAGGAGUUUUACUGUGAAGUUCUUCUGUUGGAUGAAACCAAAUUGAUUUUAACCACACAACAACAAGGGAUUAAGGAAUCUACCAAGGGCUCGGUAGUGCUGGACUGGGUCUUCGGCCAUGUGAACCUGGUGGAGACGGACUACUUCGGAUUACGCUACUGCGACCACAGCCACCAGACGUAUUGGCUCGACCCGUCGAAAACCCUCUCGGAACACAAAGAUCUCAUAACAACAGGGCCUCCAUACACACUCUACUUUGGAGUCAAGUUUUAUGCUGAGGAUCCGUGUAAACUGAAAGAAGAAAUAACAAGGUACCAGUUCUUCCUGCAAGUGAAGCAGGAUGUUUUGCAGGGCCGAGUUCCCUGUCCCCUCGACACCAGCGCCAAACUGGCAGCCCUGGCUAUUCAGUCCGAGCUUGGAGAUUUUGACCCGUACAAGCAUGUGGCCGGUUACGUGUCGGAGUAUCGCUUCGUUCCGGACCAGAAGGAGGACCUGGAGGACACUGUGGCGCAGAUCCACAAAACUGUAACGGGUCAGGUUCCCUCCGAGGCUGAAGUCAAUUAUUUAGGAAUCGCCAAGACCCUGGAGAUGUACGGCGUCGACCUUCACCCCGUGUUUGGGGAGAACCAUUCCGAAUACUUUCUCGGGUUGACACCUACUGGCGUUGUCGUGUACAAGAACAAAACUCAAGUCGGAAAGUAUUUCUGGCCAAGAAUCACAAAAGUACAUUUCAAGGAAACACAAUUUGAGCUUCGAGUCAUCGGAAAAGACUGCACAGAAACGUCCUUCUUCUUUGAGGCUCCCAACAAGACGGCAUGUAAACACUUGUGGAAGUGCUGCGUCGAACACCACACCUUCUUCAGAAUGCCAGAAAAUGAUGCCAACACAUUAACAAGAAAACUCUCCAAGUUUGGUUCAAUAGGAUCAAAACACCGUUACAGUGGAAAGACGGCCAUGCAGAUGGGGAGGGAUGCGUCCAUCACCCUUCCCCGGCCAGACCUGCAGGUGAUCAGGACCCGCAGUAAGACCUACCCCAAGAGACCGGCACAGUUCACAGGUUUAAACAACGGCACGCAGUCCAACGCCAAGACGGAAAACGCCGAAAACGAAGCGACGCCGAAGACCGCCGCCCCCUCUCCUGUGAAGAGUUCCAAAGUGACAAAGGCGGAGAACAGCCCAGAGCACCAACAGGGGAAGCCCAGUGCACCAUGGGAAGAGAACGCACCCCAGAGUGGACUUUUCAACACGGCGAACGAGCGGACCAAGUCGCCCAAAUUCCCCACGGCUCGAGGGCGCACCCCUUCGGGCGGGAGCGAGAACGAGACGUCCCAGUCAGCACGCCGUAGGAAGGGCCAGGCCAAUGAGGAGCCACAGACCAAACAACAUCGACGACGGUCGCGCUCCCGUGGCAACACAAGCAGUGGAAGUGAAUCCGAAAAUUCCACCCGGGAGCAUCGUAAAAAGAGGAACCGGUCUCGUCAGGAGAAUGAGAUGGUGGACUCGGGUCCGCAGUGGGAGGCGGUCCUCCGCCGUCAGAAGGAGCGGGCCCAGAACGACCCCGCCCACCGCCGCUCGCGACACCGCUCACGAUCGCGGAGUCCAGAUGUCCAGGCUAAAGAACAGCUGUGGAAACACAUCCAGAAGGAGCUGGUUGACCCAUCUGGCCUAUCUGAAGAACAGCUGAAGGAGAUACCCUAUAAGAAAGUAGAGACCCAAGGGGAUCCAAUCAAAAUCCGCCACUCCCACUCGCCGCGGAGCUUCCGGCAGUACCGGCGCUCCCAGUGUUCUGACGGGGAGAGGUCGGUCCUCUCAGAGGUCAACUCUCGGACAGACCUGGUACCUCCUUUAGCCGUCACUCAUAACGCUGGUGUUCCCGGAUCAAGCUCCACCCCUUCCCAGAAGAAGCACGGCUCCAAAGACAAGCUGUCCGAGAUCAGCGAGGUGGAGGUGAAGAGCAGCGUCAAGGUGGUAAAGACGAGCCAGGCUCCCAGGACCAAGACUGAGACGUGACCAGUGGACCGACCUCACGGAGGAGCAGCCUUCUCAACGUGUCAAAGAUAAACCCCGGAUGUUUUUGGAGGGAAAGAACUGAAGGCGAAAUGCUAUGAGACCUGUAGCGUAUACUGGCUAACCCAGUGCCCCCCCCCCCCCCCCCCCCCCCCCCCCACCCCCACCCCUCUGUGAAGUGCAGUGCCCUUGUGUGUUUGUAUAAUAUGAUGGUGCAUAGACGACCUUAAAGAGGAAGACCUGGACACUGGAUGUCUUGUCGUUCUGGCGACGAAGUGUCUUCACAACGAGAUGACGUGGGAAAGCAGACUCUGCUGGGUGGAGAUGUAGCCUAAAGUGUACAGGGGCAAACGCAAAAGUUAGCCUAAAGUUGUUUACGACUGUUUUUUGUUUUGUUCAGUCACCUGUUCACGCGCCUCAUGCAUCGAGAGUCACCGUGUCUUAAGGAUAAAAGUCUUCUGUUGUUUUCCGUCAUGCCGAUGCUCACAUGAAGGAUAAGGGUCCGUUUAGCAAACACUGGCACAGUGAGGACAUCGUGUCUCACAACAGGGUUCCCACCGUCUUGGAAAACGUGGAAAAGCCGGGGAAUAAAAAAAACGGCGACGACCAGGCCUGGGGAAAAAGUCGCGAAUGUCACUCUCAAAUCAUGGACAUUUCGAAAAACCCUACUUCCUUUUUACGCGUAGGCCAAUUAUCUGUGGUAACGUGGGAACCCUGUCCUAUGCACCCACCCCUCCCAAAUUGAGUUGCCCCGUUUUGUCGCUCAGUAUUAAAGCUAAGGAUUUGGGCUGAAGCUCAUCUCUGAGUGGACACUGGGUUCAAUAGUUGUUGUCAGGUGUUUACUGUACAUGUAAUCUCUCUACUGUAGGAAAUGUUGCUACUGGAACCCAACUUUUUUUUUGCACAUAAAUACUGUAAUGGUCUCUCUGUCUUUCUCUGCAGUUUAAGAAGAAAUUAUAGAUACUCUAGCUAACACUGUAUGGUAAAUAAACUGGAAUUUCAAUUCUUGUCAAUAAAUGCAUUCAAUAUGUCUUAAAUGUUCAAGUGGGAUUGGAUACUGUUUUUUUUUAUUCUGCACUUCAUGGAUGUAGUUACUUUCUUGUGCACCAACUAAACCACCAGAGGGCAACCAAAUGCAAUUUUUGUCUACACUCGGCAAAUUACCAACAGUUUUGUGACUGGCAUUUCCAAAAAAAUUGAAAAAUAAGUAUCUCAAAAACACAUUUACUUUUGAUUAUUAAAUCUGCCCUGUAAGGGCGGAGUAAUGAUAGGCCUGUGCAUACGUGUGGGAAUUUAAGUGAAGACACAUGUAUUCCCAACUGAAGUUACACAGAGCAACAGUUUUAUAUUUCAGUUCACUGUUUGUGUUGAAGGAAGGUUUUUGAUCAUAUGCUCAUGUGUUGCCGAGUCACGUACAGCUGGUACUGAGUCAAGAAAAAACGGAACAGAAGGAUCCUUGAGAUCUUCGAGUUCAUCUCUCCACAGAACCUCUGCCGUCACAACAGCUGGCAACAUCUGUGACGCCUUCUAUUACUUUUCUAAAUGUUUGUCGCUGAGCAAAACAAAUGGAAGUUGGUGAUACAGAGAGCAAUACGCAUUGUAUGUACCAUUGAUAUCAGUUUCCUGAUAUCAAUCAAACCCCCCAAAAUGAAUACAGUCGAUCGUAUGAUGGGAUGAAGGCCAACAUCAAUAGUGAUACUUCCAUGUUGGGGCUAGACAAAUAAUUGUGGGAAAUUUAAACGAGUAAAAGAUUUGUUAAGAGGAUGCUGUGACGAAGGCUGUUGGUCCUCUGGUCAUGUCUUGACUCAAGCUGCACGGUCAGAUUGGACCAGAUGUAUGAGUGUGCAUAAGAGCUGGUUUUCCCACCACACAUCUGCACUGGAGCGAGUCUAGAUGUUAACAUGUUAUGGCAGCAUACCGGCACAUCGCGCCAAAUGCACUCAGUCACCUCUCUCACAGAGGGAUAGAAAAAGGACCUCGAAGUGGAUUCAGAAACAGUGAAACACAGUGAACAGUGAAAGUUGGAUAUUUCUCAUGACCGGGGACGGGUAAAGAAUCGUUUUUUCCGUGAAUAGGGUUCACAAACAACUUAAGGGCUGAGUUGCAUACUUGCAUAUUUCUUCUUCUCUUUUUUUGUACACAACAUUCGCCUGCAAAAUGCAUUUUCAUGCAGUCGUCAUGCCAAUGUCGGGGAUAGGCCAUCCUUACAAUGACACAAUAUCUGGGUCUGCAGAUCCCCAAACAUCCUGUUUUCUCUGAAAACAACAGCCAGAAGCACUUUGUUUCAUGUAAACAGGAUGACAUCCUUCUCCUUCCUCCCUGUCUGCUUAUGGCAAAGGAGGAUGCAUGUCCUGCAACGAUUCAACAACACUAUUGGAUUAGUGAACGCAGCUCCCUAUCGUACAUUUAGCAGACUGACCCUCGAAAAAGAGGAAUUCAGUGGUGUGUUGUGACCAUAUAGGAUAUGACUUGUACUGGGCUGAGACGACAGCAUCCGCAUGCAUGUGUCUGUGGGGUAUUAAGAGUAUGGUUCUGCCAAAACACACCGCAGGCAGAAUCUCUGAAGCCCUGAUGCCUUCCGUGUCAGACGUCCUGAACGAGGUGCCCUCGCCAUUCCACCACGUUUACUGUACGUGUGUAAGAAACGAUCGUGUUUGUCGACCGACACAUUUUGAAUCGUUGUGAAGACACAACAAGGGUCCACUUUGCUGGGUCAAUGACAGUGACUUUCCAACUCUGUGUUCUCUUCAGAAAAUCUCUCUUAAUUAAAGGCUAAAUCAGCUCUGGCCAGUCUGCGAGAGUCAGUUACAUGACAUUUCAGCAGGCUGCUCCCCAGGUAUUUCCUGAUCCUGUCUGCUUAGUCUAAAAUAACGGUAAGUGAUCGAGAUUAUGUGUUGCCCGUGGACACUCAUACAAUUUACCAAGGCCCAUUAAAGACCGAACCAGAGACUCCAUAAUUCCAUUAGAAGGAGAAAGGUCGUGUAUCACGGAUACGAUACAUCGGGUUAGGAAAGUAAUGUCCUUUUCUCCUGUGUGUGUGUGCGUGUGUGUACGUGUCUGUGUGCGCGUGUUUUUGUGUGUGUGUGUGUGCGUGCAGCGCUCAGUUGCGCAACACGUUACCAACUGACAAAACAAAAAUAACUUGAUAAGCAGUUGCCCAAUGAAGCACCAUCAUUUACUAUUUUCUUGCAACAUCAACACAUUUAAUGAUCGUUCUAGCCUCAGACUAUUAUUGCCGUCUCAAUCAUCCAGAUGCCAAAACAUCCAGUAGUUGGGUGUUUUACAGUGGCAACAUUUGUAUUGCUCGAGCAUAUAAGCCUGUAUAAUUUCCACCAUGCCCAGACAAAAGCUUCUCUACAUUCCAGCCCCACACUGGAGUCGACCAGUCACAAAUUAGGCUUGGCCCAGUCCGUUUGCAACCAUACGCUUACACCACAAGCAGGAAGAACAGACCAUGUGACAGAAGGAAGUGAGCCUCACUUCCGGAAGUGGGCCUCCCUCCACGAGGCCCUCGACUGACCACAGCGAGGGUCACGGCCGAACACCAGCUCGGUCCUAAUCGUGCUUUUUUCAUCCGCAGAAGCACGGACGACCAGCCUGUCUAAAGAGGUGUCUCCAGCUGCCCAGGCUCCAGUGCUACAACUUCCUCUUCUUCUGAUGUCACUCUAACCACUGACUCUUUUUUUUGGGUGAAACUUGUGGUUGUCUUGUGUGCUGCCCCCUCAAUUGGCAUCUCACCACGUGUCGUACCACUUUGCUUAGUCUUCCUUUGACCCUCAUUGUGCGUUUGUAGCCUUUUGCUAUGCACAAUGCGGCCCUUUUGCCGCCCAUACGGCUACAUCAUUUAGGGGUUGGAACGCAGGCGUCAAACAGCCUUCCGUAAUUGAGGAGAGGUGGUCAAACAACGCUGUGUAAUUAACGAUUUAUUAUCGCUUCAAUGUGUUUUUUUAGGCUGGCUUUGUUCAACUUCAUGUUCAUCCCGCUUGUGAGGAUUCCACGCUGUUGAGGGUGGCGUGGAAAUGUGUGGAGCGCGUGCCAAGAGCGGAGGGAGGGAGAAGGGGUCGGAGAGAGGGAGAAAAAGAGAGGGGCGUUUCGGAGCUGGAGAAGUUGAGGUGAUGGGUCCGAAAACAAAGACAGAGAAGGAUGGACCUCUCUCGCUGACUCAGCGAAGUCCGUCCAGAACCUGUCUCACAGAUGUGAGGAAAUAAGACACCCCUGGCCAGCCCCAAUUCUCCGUCUGGAAGCAAACACGCAUACGCAAACACAUUUCAGUCCCGUAGAGGCCAGGCUCGUCCGUGUUCACAAGACACCAUUUUCGACAAGACGCUAUGACACAUUGGCAGAGACGACGACAGGUCCUCAAAAUAAUUUUGUAAAGUGUGCGGCCACGAAGGCAGUCUGAAAGGGCUAUCCUUUGCCAAACAUUAGCUUCCCCUUGACUACAUUUUCCAUGUGAUGUUCCAAGUUUUUUUCUCGAUUCACACUUGUUAAGAGGACCAUUAGAAUUCCUCAAGAAUGUUUAUGAGAUGUUUUAUACUGUACUAGCUUCACAGAUGAUAAAGCUCUUGUGAAUCAAGUCACCAUUAUGAGGGUAGAUAAACCAGUAAAUGUGGCUAAGCUACACAUUGGUAUCUAUGCUCAUGUCCAUAUAGGUUUAGUCUUGCUAUGUCCCUGUCAUAAAGUAAUAUAUAAUAACCACCUAAGUGUAUUCACCCCAUCGAUGUGCAUUAGUUACAUUCAACUGAGCAUGCCUUUCAUCUAAAAAUCCUCGAAAAAUAAGAACACAAUUUAACGCUUUCUCUUUUCAAACUUGGCUUGCUGCUGUCUUUGCGUAAGUAUCUUUGCAACCGUUUUUUUUUAUGAUCGAUUGAGAUUGACUGAAAAUGCACCGUUUUUCCCAGCUCAUUCAUGCAAGGGGAGACUGGAAACGAUUCAAAGAGCUUGCGUGUUUAUUGAGCUACUGCUAAAAGUGCCAAAAAAGUACAUGGGAUACUAUAAGUGCCUCAUUAUUAAUGUCGAAAAGCUUCAUGGUUUCUCACCUAACCAUACACACUGGUAAAUACAGAAUACAUCAACAAACUACAACAGAUCUGGUUUAAGCUAUUCAUUUUCUAUAUACAAAACAUACCAAGUCAAUGGGAUGAAAAACAGAAGGAAAUUGAAUUAUUUAUAAAAAUCAAGAAUAGAGCAUGCAAUUAGUUAGACUACAAACUGACACAGUAAUACCCCAAUAUUGAGGGGUGACAUGGAAGACUAGAGAACACUAACGUGGGCUUUCAAGUUGGUUAUAUUAGAAUCUGACAAUUAUGAAUUAACAGGAAGCAAGGACAAAACUGGAAAUACUGACAUCUCUUCAAUGUUUGAAAACCACUAGAGCCAAAAAAAUAUGAAAUAAGAAGCUUUUUGGUUUAGUUUGUGUUUUGUAACAAAGAAAGCGUCUCAAUUAAUUUACAAAAUCAUUCAGAAAAGACAUCAAUGAAAAAGAUUGUUCUUCUGUGUGUUAUGUGAUGCUACAUGUUUGCCUUGUUUGGAAAAUGCUUCUUUUUUUAUUUUAUUUUCAAACAAGAUUAUACUUGUCAGUCUCGCAUCAAUUUCUCUUUCAUGACUAUGCUAUAACGAGCUGGUGAAAGACCCCAAACCCGCCAAGGCUGGGACUUACUCACACGGCCGAUGGGCUGUCUGGCCAGUUCACAAGAACACUUUUCUUGCCUGAACUUAUUCCAAGCAACUUGAAGCUAACUCUGCAAAUGACAGUACUGUGGACUCUAACGACGUCCUUUGAUCAUGUCAUUGCUUUGUCAUUAGUGUGCGUUACUUUGCAUAUAUAUAUACUGUCUAUUGAGAAAGGGAAUGCACUCUUGGUUUGAGAUUGUCUAUCAAAAUGCACAAACUCAAAAGCAAACGGCAUUUUUUAAAAGUGACAUGUGCUGGGUGCUAUAUCUUCCCUUUCUACACGACGAGUUAAAGGGAAACUAGUGUUCAAAGAUUGCAGUUUUGUGAUUGCUCCCCUCAACAUGAUGUAUUCGGAUAAUCAUGUCACGUGAUCCUUUCCUUUAUUUCAAAUAUCUACCGUGAUCGUUUUUGUUUUUCCCCCUCUUCAAUUUACCUUUCUACAAAUCCAAUGAGAAAGCCGCACAGAAAACCACAAAAAAAAAGGUAAAUCCAGGCCAAGUUACAACAACCAGACGACAAGAGAACCCACACCUUCUUAGAAUGUGAAAAUAUAGAAUAAAAACCCAUCUCAGCUACCUUACCAAGGAGGAGAUUAAAGUCCAAAAUAGCACCAUUCAUCAGUGUCUCAAAUCCGUGGCAGCAUCUCGAUCACUUACCACAAGGAAACAAUGCAUUUCUACAGCUACUUCUAUACAUCACAGCGUACAUGUUCUACAUAUGGUUUUAAUUACGGGCCACGCAAACGCCUGACCCUAACAAAGCAUACCUACUCUGGGGGGGGGGGAAAUAAAUUGGGAAAAA